AUGCAUGGACCUCUUUUCAAGAUGAUAAUUUUUGUAAAAGCUAAGGCAAUGGUUGAUUUCAUAUCGUCAGAGCUGUGUAAGUAUGGCAUCCCUGCACAGGGUCUGCAUGGCGGAAGAUCGCAGACUGACCGCACAAAUGUAUUCCGCGAACUGCGUAUGGGGCAGUGUCAAAUCCUAGUGGCUACAGACUUAGUGAGUAGAGGUAUUGACAUAUCAAACAUCACACAUGUCUUAAAUUACGAUUUUCCUGGUGAUAUUGAGGAAUACGUUCACAGAGUUGGCAGAACCGGUCGCGCAGGGAGAAGUGGCGAGGCGAUGACCUUCAUAAGUUGGGGUGAUCGCAUGCAUGCAGCUGGACUGAUUUCGAUCCUUGAGGAAAGCCAUCAGGAGGUACCUCGUGCACUGCGGCGGUUGGCUGCACGUCAUGUGGAAAAGAAGGCAAGAUCGGUUCCGAGUGCGUAUCAUCGCGAGAAAGAAGAAAGUUUGAGACUUUUCUAUUAGUU